GGCUUUAAAGUGAGAAAGAGAAAGGAAAAUUUCCAACGAACACCGCAGGGGAGUCAUAGUGGGGGUGUGGGGAUUUCCAGCAAAAAGCCUCGCUGUGAUGAGUGCUUCCAGGAAAACCCAUCCAGGCCAGUGGAGAGUAUAAAAGCAGGCACCUCAGCACAUAGACCCCAUAAUCACCUCAUCCUUGGAUGUGUUGAGACUAAAGACAUACUAAGAGUCUUCUGUAGGUUGUCACACAUCCCACUAAGAAUGGACUUCUGCUCUGGAUUACUACAGACCCGUGGAUCUAAGACCUCUGCCUCAUGGAUCAGCUUGACCUUUCUUUGCUCAAUGCUGUGCAUGUGGACUAGUGUAGAAUGCUGGUCAUACUACUACUCUAACACCACCAUGAAUUGGGAAAAAGCGAGAGCCUGGUGUAGGGAGCACUACACAGACAUGGUGGCCAUCCAGAACAAGGAGGAGAUCGAGCAUCUCAACAGCUGGCUGCCCAUGAAACCCAAGUACUACUGGAUUGGGAUCCGCAAGAUCAAUGACGUCUGGACCUGGGUAGGGACGAACAAGUCUCUGACAGAAGAAGCAACCAACUGGGCAGAAGGUGAACCAAACAAUGGCAAGAGUGGACUUAGUACAGGGGUGAAUGAGGAUUGCGUGGAGAUGUACAUUAAAAGGAAUAUGCAGCCAGGCAAGUGGAAUGACGAGAGGUGCGGGAAGUCGAAGACCGCUCUGUGCUACACAGCUGCCUGUAAGAAGGACUCGUGCCGCUAUGGAGACUGCGUGGAAACCAUCAACAACCACACGUGUGCUUGCUUUGGAGGCUUCUACGGCGAGCUGUGUGAGCAUGCUGUUAAGUGCAAGAAAGAGGAGGUGACCGUCCCAAAUAAAGGAAGUGUACAUUGCACUCAUAAGUAUGGAGACUUUUCCUAUGACUCCUCAUGCCAGUAUUCCUGUGAGGAAGGAUACCAGCUGAGCGUGUCAAGACCCCUGAGAUGCAAUGCCUCCGCAGAGUGGUCAGAGCAGCCUCCUACAUGUGAAUUGGUUCAGUGUCAGCAGCUGUCUCGUCCAGACAGGGGAUCCAUGAAGUGUUCCGACCCUCUGGGCCCCUCCAGCUACAAGUCCACCUGUGUGUUCACCUGCGACGAAGGCUAUGUGCUCGCUUCCCCGUCUAACACUCUUGAAUGUGGAGCGUCAGGAUUUUGGAAUUAUUCACAACCGUUCUGUGUUGCUGUCCAGUGCCCCGCUCUCCGGGAGCUAGAGAAUGGUGUCGCCAGCUGUGGAGACAAUGCAGACAUGAGGUUCAGCUAUGGAAACACCUGCAGCUUCAGCUGCGACCCCGGCUACCACCUGGUGGGACCGAGCAGGGUGACGUGCACGUCAGCUGCUCAGUGGAGUGAGAGGAUUCCUCGCUGUGAAGUAAUAGGAUGUCCUGCUCCUGAGAUUCCAACAAAUGUCCAGAUCAGCUGCAGCCCCUCUCUGUCUUCACCUGCUUCCACUGUGACCCCCUAUCCACCUGGUAUGGUCUGCACUUAUAGCUGUGACGAAGGCCAUGUGCUGCAUGGUGAACUCAGCAUGGAGUGUGUGAAUCCAGGCCAGUGGACAUCUACACCACCAACCUGCACAGCAGUGAGAUGCCCCUCGCUUGAGGAGCCUGAAAAUGGCCACAUCAACUGCUCAAACAGUGAGCUGGUGUACAACUCACAGUGCUCCUUCACAUGCAAGCAAGAUUACCUAUUAGUCGGACAUGAGCUGCUCACCUGUGAUCGUCAUGGCAAUUGGACAGGAGAGAAACCCACCUGCCAAGCUCCUCCAUCUCAGAUAGCUGGCAUUGCAUCCGGUGUGGCAGCAGGGGGCACUCUGUUAUCUGGUCUGUCUCUGGCUGUUUGGAUCCUGAAACGACUGAAGCAGAAAGCCACCAAGUUUGAGCUGAACAGCAACUCGGACAUAGAGGUCCCUCCACAGGUCUACAAAAACAGCAUUGACAGUAGCUGUUUGGCUGAGACUGCCUUGGGCUGGACUUAUCAUUACUCAAACAAGACCAUGAACUGGACCCAGGCCCGCCAGUGGUGCCAGACCACUUACACAGACAUGGUGGUCAUCCAAAACCAGAAAGAGAACGACUAUCUGGUCUCGCAACUGCCAAACAGAACUAGGAGUCCAUAUUUUUGGAUUGGAAUCACUAAAAACCAUAAGAAUGAAACCUGGACCUGGAUCGGGAAUAACAGCACAUGGAUUGGUGAGCAGUCCUGGGCAGCAAACGAGCCCAACAACAACCACAGCACAGAGUUUUGUGUGGAGAUCUACGUGAACGGGGGAGAAAACAGAGGGAAGUGGAAUGACGAGAAAUGCGGCAAUCAAAAGUACCCGGUUUGUUAUCAAGCCGUGGAAUGCCCCCCUCUGUCUGAGCCUGAUAACGGGUACCAUAGCUGCUCGGGAGGAAGCCAGACAUUCAACUCAACCUGUCAGUUUAACUGCAACUCAGGCUUCCGACUGAUAGGCUCGCCAGGUGUUACCUGUGGGGUCACUGGGGUCUGGAGUGGCCCAAGACCUGCAUGUGCAAGCAGCUUGAAGAGGCCACAAAUCCAGCCAAUGUUUCACCAUUCAGUUGAUACCAGACAGUCCCUGCAUUAUAGGGUGCUGCUAGCAGCAUUUAUUGUAUUUGCCCAAGACCUGAGCAGCAGAGGAGGGGCACAGGCAUGGACCUACAACUACAGCAUCAGUCCAAACCGGAGGUGGCUUGAGGCCCGUCAGUGGUGCCAGCAGCAUUUCACAGACAUGGUGCUCAUCCGGAACCAGGAGGAGAACGACUUCCUCAACAAUCUGCUGCCAUUUAAUCAAAAAUAUUACUGGAUAGGCAUUCGCAAAGUUGGUGGAGGGUGGAUCUGGGAUCGAACUGACGAGAAGGUGCCAGAAGAGGCUCAGAACUGGGCCCCAGAGGAGCCAGAUAGCAUAGCGGGUCAGGACUGUGUGGAGAUUUACGCCAAGAGGGACAAAGACACAGCAAAGUGGAACAACGAGAACUGUCGCAAGAAGAAGGGAACCGUCUGCUACACUGCCUCUUGUACACAGGAUUCCUGCAGUGUCCAUGCAGACUGUGUGGAGACCAUAGGAAGCUUUACCUGCCACUGCGAUCCUGGUUUCCAGGGGUCAGGCUGUGAAGAGGCAAUCGCAUGCAAACCCUUGCUGGAUCCAGAUCAAGGUUCUCACCACUGUUUCUAUCCCUACGGGUCCAAUCGUUUCAACUCUUCCUGCCUUUUCCACUGCGAACUUGGCUUUCAGUUGAUAGGCACGCCCCAACUGCUAUGCCAAGCCAGUGGAGAUUGGGACCACCCUGUUCCUGUGUGUCAAGUUGAACAGUGUCCAGUUCUGAACCACACCAACAUCGGUGCAGGUAGUAUGAACUGCAGCCACCCCAUCGCACCUUACAGCUACAACUCCACCUGUGAGGUCCGGUGUGAUGAAGGCUAUGAGCCCAGUGGGCAGGACCAGAUACAUUGUGACCACAGUGGCCAGUGGACGGCCAGUGUCCCAGCAUGCACAUUGAAAAAGUGCCCCCCCAUUUUGUUUCCUGUUACGGGCGACAUGGCAUGUGUGGACUCUCUGGAGCCUUUCUCCUUUGGCUCACGGUGCAACUUCACCUGCCAGGAAGGCUACGACCUGGUCGGGGACGACGCACUCACCUGCCUGGCCUCUGGACAGUGGAGCAAACCUAUGCCUGUGUGCACAGUGGUACAGUGCAACAGUUUCAAGGCUCCCCCUCAUGCCUCCAUGCAAUGCCAGGACCCUCUUGGAGUGUACAGCUACGGCUCAGUAUGCACCGUGCAGUGUGAAGAGGGUUUCGAUCUGAUUGGCACAAACAUGACAAAAUGUUCCUCACAAGGCAACUGGAGUCAUGCACUUCCUGUUUGCCAAGUGAAGAGGUGUAACCCAAUAAAUCCUCCUCAUGGCUCCUUAAUCUGCACUGACCCAAAUGGCUCCUUCAGUUUUGGUUCUCGGUGCACUGCAACCUGUGAUGAAGGCUUUCUGCUGAACGGGACUGCCAGCACUCAGUGCAACUCCCUGGGCAUGUGGAGUGCAGAUAUACCACAAUGCUUGGUUAAGAGAUGUCCUGCUCUGAACUCUCCCCCUCAUGGCUCUUUAGUCUGCUCUGAUCCUCAUUCAGAGUUCAGUUUUGGUUCUCGGUGCACAUCGACCUGCGAGGAGGGGUUUGCCCUGAAUGGGACAGCCGACACAGAGUGCACCUUUCUGGGCAGAUGGAGCGCGGACAUGCCUCAUUGCUCGGCUAAGAGAUGUCCCUCUCUGAACUCUCCCCUUCAUGGCUCCUUGAUCUGCUCUGAUCCUCAUGAGGAGUUCAGUUUUGGAUCCCGGUGCAACAUAACCUGUGAGGAGGGUUUUGUCCUGAAUGGGAUGGAUGACACAGAGUGCACCUCUCUGGGCACGUGGAGCACAGACAUCCCACAAUGCUCCGCUAAGAGAUGUCCCUCUCUGAACUCUCCCCCUUAUGGCUCCUUCCUGUGCUCUGAUCCUCAUGGACAGUUCAGUUUUGGUUCUCAGUGCAACAUAACCUGCGAGGAGGGUUUUGUCCUGAAUGGGAUGGCUGACACAGAGUGCACCUCUCUGGGAAGAUGGAGCGCAGACAUGCCUCGUUGCGUCGCUAAGAGAUGUCCCUCUCUGAACUCUCCCCCUCAUGGCUCCUUCCUCUGCUCUGAUCCUCAUGAGGAGUUCAGUUUUGGUUCUCGGUGCACAUCAACCUGUGAGGAGGGUUUUGUCCUGAAUGGGACGGCCAACACAGAGUGCACCUCUAUGGGCAACUGGAGCACAGACAUCCCUCGUUGCUUAGCUAAGAGAUGUUCACCCCUGAACUCCUGUUCUCACGGCUCUUUAGUCUGCUCUGCUCCACAUGGAGAGUUCAGUUUUGGUUCUCGGUGCACAUCAACCUGUGAGGAGGGGUUUGUCCUGAAUGGGACGGCCGACACAGAGUGCACCUCUCUGGGCCACUGGAGCAGAGAAAUGCCCUGCUGUCUGGCACACCCAUGCCCCCUACUGGCCAAGGCUCCACAACAUGGGAGGAUGAACUGUAGCCAUCCAUACUCCCCUUUCAGUUAUGGCUCCCUCUGCGACUUUGAAUGUAAUGAGGGUUUCUGGCUGAGGGGAACAUCAGCUGUGACAUGCAACAAUUCAGGCCGCUGGAAUCAGGAUCUACCCAACUGCCAGCCGGUGCAGUGUGAGGCCAUUCAUGCCUUGCCUUUAGCCCUGUCUAUGAACUGCUCCAAUCCUCUGGGGAACUUCAGCUUUGGCUCCCAGUGUCUUUUCACCUGUGAAGAGGGAUUCUCCCUGAAUGGCACGAAGGUGCUGUCCUGCUCCUCCACUGGGUUUUGGAGUGACAGCCUGCCUAAAUGCACAGUGGAAGGCAUGUCGAUGGGGACUGCCAUGCUGAUGUAUGCAGGUGUCGGAGCAGCCUCUGUUGUAGUGCCACUUGUCCUGAUAGGAUUGGGUUUGUUGAUUAUGACACAAUUCAAGAAAAGAGGAAGUACACCCAUCCAUGAUUCAACAGGUUGGGAAGAAAGAGAAAAUCCAGCAUUUGAAUUUUGAGUUUUUUCUUCUGUUUUUUUGAGACAUUUGUUUUUGCAAAUCAUUCAAAAUAUUGGAGCCGAAUGCUUGCUAUUAUUAUAUGAAUCUUGGCAGUAGUACCAAAAGAUUAUAGGAGGAUCAGAGUUUUGCAUUAACUGAUUUCAGUUUCCCCUCAGAAAAUAUAAUAAUAAUAAAUUGGAUAGUCAUGCACAUUUUGCAUGAAACCAUUCACCUUUUGAUAUUAAAGAACCCAAAUCAUGAUGCACAAUUCAUGCAUGAUACACACAUAGUUUUUGUGCAGCUUUUGCUUCAUAUUCUGCUUGUACAUUGCUCAAUUGUCAAUAAACU